AUGAUUCGAAAAUCUAGAUCAGCUGCCCCAAAAAGACAAAUUUUCAAUAAACGUAAAGAAAAGGAACAAAAAAGACUAAGAAGGGAAGAAAACAGAAAAGAGUUUCGUGAGAUCGGAACUCAAACAGAUGAAAUUGAUUGUUGCGAAAAUGCGAACCGAAGAUUAGAAAAAACCAAUCAAAAAUUGGAAAAUGAAAAAAAUUCUAUACGAGAUACUGCAGAGAAUUUAUAG